GCCGCGGCAAGCCGGGGCGGGUCGCGCCGCGCCGGGCCGGCCAUUGGUCCGCGCAAGGCCCGCCCCGACGCGCGCGAUCGGGAGGGGCCCCACGACACCACCUCUCGUUUCAGCUCAGUCAGUCGCGAUUGUUAUCAAGCGCACGUUGGUUUUUUAAUUCCGUGCGCGCGGAGUGUAGUGACAGCAGUGUAUGUGCGAUGCUAGGACGGUGAUCGAAGCAUGGUGAACUACGUUAAUCCGCUCGCCAUGUACCAAGGCAAAGGCGGGCAGUACGGAGCGAGUGGCUGGUACGGUUGGCAGCCGCAGAACUUUGAGGAGCAACAGUGGUGCGCGUGGAACGGUGCGCCGGGUGGAGAAUGGGUGCCGGACCCGCAUCACUUUCCCAAGCGGGAACCAGGAGAAAGAGAGAUUGGAGAGAUGCCGUCGCCGGCCCGCGGGGACCUCGCGAGCCCUGGCGAAGGCUCGCCGGGCUCCAGGCCUUCGCAGCCGCCCGCCGCGCCGCGGUCGCCGUACGAGUGGAUGAAGAAACCCAACUAUCAGACACAGACUACGCCAGGUAAAACCCGGACGAAGGACAAGUACCGGGUGGUGUACAGCGACCACCAGCGGCUAGAGCUGGAGAAGGAGUUCCACUACAGCCGGUACAUCACGAUUCGGCGGAAGGCCGAGCUCGCCGCAAGCCUGGGGCUCUCGGAGCGACAGGUAAAAAUCUGGUUCCAAAACCGACGAGCCAAAGAGCGCAAGCAGGUAAAGAAACGGGAGGAGGUCGUGAUGAAAGAGAAGGGGGACCACGCGUCGCUGCAGCACGCGCAGCUUCACCACGCCACCAUGCUGCACCACCAGCAGAUGAUGAACGGCAUGAUGCACCACCACCACUACCACCAAGGCGUCCUGCAGGAGCCGCUCAUGCCCGGCGUCCCCCCAGUGCCCCUCCUGUGACCCCACGACGACACUGCUCACUACGACUACACCUAGUGACAGACUGUGAAUCACAAUUUUCUCUUCGCCAUGAUCUUUGAAUUUGUGAUAAAUUAAGUGCAAUGCUCUUGCGAUGCCAGCAGGCAUGUUUGUAAAUCGUUAAUCGAAAUGCCUUUUUAGAUGUAAGUUCACGCUUUAACAACCAGGAGCAGUAGCUUCGACGAGGUUUGAACACGGGUUCUUUUUCCAAUGAGGAAUCCAUUUUAUUCAGUGAAGUUAUUUAUUUGCACCCUAUGGUUAGAGAAACAGUGUUCAAAUAUUAAUAUCUCUUGUUAGUUUGUAUUUGUACUCAGAUCCUUGUUCACGCCUCUAAGGUUUUUAUGGUCUGUCUACCCGACUUCAGAGGUCGUAUCGCGAAAAACUAAAAUUAUCAUUUCUUUAUUUGCCUCUUUAUCGUUUUUACAUGGUUAAGAAUC